AUUAUUUACAAUUAUUUACAAGUCUUCCAUUUAAAGCCAGCAUCUCCAUUAACUUUUAGUCUGGUUGAAGAAACAUUAAGAGGUUCCUUUUGCAAACAAUAGAGGUUUUAUCAGCUGGUAAAUUCCACUAAUUCAGUUCCUCUGGCCUCUGAUCCCCUCAUGACAUGGGCGGUGCUAUGUUGUCUUUGUAUGCUAGAAGAGGACUGUUCAAGAUAGACCUGGUCACAAAGGUACUACAUGUCAUGGACUGUGGACAAAGGGUUUCCGUAAAAACACCACUGACAAGAUCAGCUUACAGUGAGCUAUCCUAUAUGAAUUGUAAAUUUACUCUUCAUGGCAAUGAUCUAUUGUGAACACUGGUAACAACAAUGUUCUGAUAUACUCUCCAGUUUAAACUUAAAGUCUGUAUUUUUUUUAUUCAGUCUGAUAAUUACUGAUUGAAAUGUAGCAGCGCAGCUCAUGGUGUAAACAGUGAAGCCCACAGCCGUACCUUCCUCGAUAACAUCUACAUUUCACCAUCACUUUUCACCAUCAAAUUACAUUGCUACCUGGUUCAGGACAAGCUUUUAGUAAUUUAAAAGAAUUUCAGACCCCACAAUGUUGUCACCAUUUUAAUCUAGUUUAAUGACAGUAUUAAUUGGAUUUGUAAUGAUGUUUUAGGCAAACUUAUUUCAACAGACAUCUUUCAGGCAAUGGCCUUCAUGAUAACGAUGAAUAGUGCAUGUCUGGCAUACAGUAGCUGUGGAUUAGACGCUGAGGUAUUUCAUAAUAUUUGUAGUGGAACUCUGACCUCUUGUGCCUUAUUGUGGAAGUGCAAAAUCCUUGUGCUGUACUGAGAGAGCUGGUAAUAACAAGCUCUGUAAUGCAAUAUCUUUGUAAGUAUGUACUUUAAUUUUAGAAAUUAAACCUACUUAGGGGGUCUUUUCACAGCUCCUCCACAUGUGGCACUUCAUGAACCCCUCAGGUGACUUCCAGAAAACCUCCAUAGUCGCCCAGUAGGAACGGGUUUGGUGAUAUUUUAAAAAGCCCAAAGAAAUGAUCCCCAAGGAUCCUUUCAUGGCAUGUUCACACUGGAACUGUGAAAGAACUUUUAUCAGGUUCUGAAAGGCCAUAUGCCAGUGCUGCUUAACUCAGGCAACUGUACCAACAUAUAUUAGAACAAAUUUGGACUCAAUGUCAUCAUCAGAUCUGCAUUUAAUUAUGUAUAGUGCUGCCUUAUGCUUCUAUUCUUUCACAUGGUUCAUGACCUUUGCUGUCUGACAUCCACAGCUGUCUCGUCAUUUACGUCUUCCUCCACUGCACACAGCUAAAGCAGAAAUGCCAUUAAGUAUUCCUAAUAUUCUUCAAUCCUUCAACAAUACUGCUUUAACUCCUGUCAUAUGCAACAAAGUAGUAGGAUGAGUAACCUUUUGCUUUGUAGGUUCUCCUCACAAUUUUACUUUUGCUAGAUUGGACAAACAGUCUGGCACAGUGACAACUAGCAAAACAAUGGGUGCCACUCAGAAGCCACAGAUGAUUUUUGGAAGUAGACCAGUUUGAUAUAAUCAAAAAUACCCCAAAUAAAAUUCUAAUUAAUGAAAACCAAGUGUGUUGCAGAAUGAAAAGUCCAAUAUUUCUAAAAACACUGGAGAAUACACUGAAGUGACACGUAUGGUUUUUACUCUCAAGCAAAAGGAGCUGAAGGAGAUUGGCAGUUGACCUUAGCAUCUAUAAAGUAACCCAGGAAAUCAGAUUAACAAGGUUCAAAGAGCAACAAUGUGGAAAGUGAUGAAAACAGAGUGGUUAUUGCUGGUAUUUUAUAUCACACUGAUCAUCAGUAACAGACCCUAGUCAUUGUAGCUUUAACAGCUACUGUAAUUUUGUCUUUAUUUCAUGGCUGCGAAAACAAAGUCAGAAAAAAAUACAAACACAAUUUUUAAAACUGAGAAAGGAAGGCUACAACAGUCCAAUAAGAUGUAUGAAGCUCUAUAUGGUGAUAAAAACAGAGUUCAUGCAGACACCAAGGAAUAAUGUGUACCGAACUGUUUCCACUGAAUUCACAUGUAUAAAAAACUGCAUUUAAGUUCAUUUAUUAAUUUUAGUGAUGAACUAUUAACAAAAGCAUGACUUCAUGGAUGGAUUGUCCAGUUUAUCGACUUGCUAUAUAUUUGUCUUCAAGUUGCCUUUAAAAAUGCUUGUAAUAGUUUAUAAUAUUAACAUAAUACGCCACUUAAUUUCCCAAAACUUGAAUACAAAAGCUGGUCGAUGAAACCCCAUUUAGCAGCAUGUUAGAUAAUUUUAAAAUCUUCUCUAAAGAUGUUGGUGGUCUCUAAACACAGCAUUUGAAUUGUUUACCUGUCCAAAAAAUCUUGAAAUACAUUUGCAAGAGUCCUUAAUUCUUAGUAAACAGGUCACUGACAAUACAUUAACCUAAUAUGUUUUUUCUUGAAUUUGAAGAGAAAUUUCCUUAAAAAACAAAAUAAAUGGAAAAUGUGUUCUUUUUAUAGCACAUAUUUAAUCAUUGGAGUAACUUUUCUUGAACCAUUUCCUUCAGGGCUUUGACUCUUCAUCUUCAUUCCCUUGCUGUCACUAGUGAUCUGUAAAUCUCAACUUGUAAGGGACUUAUUUAAGUCACUACGAGGAAAGUAAAGAGAUUCAUGGAAUCCUGCAUAUUGCUUUUGCUAUUGUUGAUUCAUCUUAUGAAUCCAUCUUUGUCAACCCAAUGAAUCCUAAUGAAGCAGAAAUCUGUCACAUUUACUCCACAAUGAGGGUAGCUGGCAAACUUUCUCUGGAAAAUGAAACUAUUAUCUUCAACUAGACACGCACAGGGCUCAAUAUAAAUAAAUAAAGUCACACUUAUCUAGUGGCCAGUGUGAUUACUGUAGCCAAAGCUGACAUCCAAAUUGACUGCCUUAUCAUGUUGAAGUGAUUUCAGUUGAGUAGAGACUGUAGAUGAAAGCAAAAUGAUCUUUAAAUAGUAGUUAAUGAUGGUUGCUCGAUAAGUUGUUCCACAACACUUUUGAUCAAUGAAGCAUGCAUUCAAUAUAUUUCCUAUUUAGAUACGUGAGAUAAACUUAACUGGUCUUCUAAAUGAUUCAUAAAUUAUAUUUCCGUCAGUACAAGGUAAUGACUUUGUGGCCUUGUUGAAUUCCUAAUGUUGGGACUUAUUGUAAAUGCUUUAGGAAAAAAGCUGGAAAGGUGCAUUUUGGAAAUAUUUUGUCUUAUGUAUUUAAUUCAGUUUGUAAUACAUAAUAAAAUAUUUAGAUUCUUAUUUCGUUAUCUAUUCUAUUCGCCUUAGCGAUUUCAACAAUCUGGCACAUCAUUUAAAAACAUAAACAAUUACUCCACCUAAAGCAUCUGUUUGUAAAACAUAUGUUGACCGCUGGUCAAAUAAUUGAAAACGGACCUUUAAGUAAUUUUUCAGGAGAAAGCUUUUACCACCUCAUGUCUGAAAGCUUAUGAAUAGAAUUUGCCGUGCUCUCUCACGACAAAGCCUGUCAGGUGGGAGCUCCGGCUGUGGAAAAUGUCAAAGCUAUUUUCCUCUUUACUAGUCAAUGCAAUGCUUGUUUAAUAGUAAUUGGAAUCUUAUCCUGCUGUUUGCUCAUCAUUUCCUGGGCCUAGUUAUUCCACACCUAAACUCCAUUUAAGUUUUUAAUAACAUUUUAGAAUAGUUCCCAUUCAGGUAAACAGAAUCAGAUUACCUUGAUGGAUUGAAAAUGUAUGUCUGACGGUAGUUUAUUAGAUUUAUUUAUUCAAGGGACCUCAAAUGGAGGGACUUUAACUGAGGCAAACAAAUGGUUUCCAUACCUUUGCCAAGAACACAGGGGUUUACAGAAACUGAGAUUUUUAUUUUGUUAGCCUCUGCACUUCGCUAUUCCACGGUGGAGAAACACUAAGAAUGAAAAUAAUGUCAGCCAGAGUUGAUUUGUUUGUGUAAGAAGAUUUUUUGCCAGCAUAUAAUUGUUGUGACAUAUAAUAAGGGGUUAUGUCAUUCCACACAAAGUCCCCACAAUCCACCUGUUUAGGAGAAAAAUACUGUUCACUGAAGGAGUUUGUGUGACUUUAGAUAUUUCUAAAAACUGAAUACAUGCACAUUCAGUGCCAGAAGCCAAUGAGCGGGAGUCUGAAACUAUUCUGUGAUAGUUUUGGAUUUCUCGCUCUCCAUAAGCCUCUCAUUGUUGUUAGAGGACCUGCUUUGUACAAGUGCUUGCCAGCUGCUUACCAAAUGAGGUUAUAGUGUUUCCCUAUCAACUGUAAAUUUCAAUAAUUUGUUGGAGGGGCCUCUCACUGUCAGUUUUUAUCAUAUUAUCAAUGACGACUCAAUUUUCCUCUGCCACUCCAUCUCAAGCACUGACCCCUGGCCCUAUUACAGUCCUGUAAUGAAGUGCAAUGGAGUGGUAAUUGGUCCACAUUAUACCAGAUCAGGUAACAUUAGACUUAUUUUCUUAUCACAAUGAGCCCUGCUGGUGACUCUCAAUGAGAAACCAAACACAGUUCCUUUCUUAUGCAGGCUAUCAUCCAAAUAACAUUUCAGCUAGAGACCCUUUCCCCAUUUCAGUUUUCCAUUUCAAGAUUGCACUCCAUCUCCUCAGACCGUGCUUUGUUUCUAGUUUCCUCCACUUUAAAAGUCUCCCAAACAGCCUCAGAGGCAGUACAGAUAUGAGGUAGAGCUUUCCCGGGAUGGGGAAGUACAGUAAACGAGAUGGUAACAUGACCAUUAUGUCGGCAAUAUUAGAUGUACAGUGCUGUUCCCCCCUCCUCUGUUGCAGCUUCCUGCUUUGGAGUGCUCGGUGCUUUCUUCAGUUUUGAUAUUUUUCAUGUUUUCAAUCAUUACACGCUUCUCUAUGAAUACAGCAAAUUUCAUGAGCUCAGUUUCAAAGUGUAAAAAUGCAUUGGCAUCAAUCACGGGUAAAAACACAGCUGCAUUUCUUCCAUUUCUUAAAAAAUACCGUUGUGGAAAUACAAAGUUUUCACCCAGGAGGCACAUUAUCCACAUAUUAUAUUAUUGAAAUCAAAUGCAGUUUGGAAAAUUGGCACAAAUCAAUUUUCAUGUACCCAUUGCAGUAAUUACGUGUCUGUCAACUACGAGAGAGAUUCCAAGAGUCUAAAUAACAAUUAACUAAAAAGAAGUUACAGAAUUUUUUCUGACCAGGAUUAAAUCAUUAUGAAAACAAAUUUAAUUUUUAAAAUAAUUCAAACACAGUGGAGCAGGUUUAUUCUGAACCUCAUUUUAAGCAGUUGGACUAACAUCUUCUGUAGGCAGGAGUCAGGCUGAAAAUGUAUAGUUGGUUUUGGCCAGAGUAAACUGUUCUGUAUGUACCAUUGACUAAUCAGGUGCCUGUAUAACAGAAUAUCAAAGAGUUGUUAGUCCGUGUCUGAACUUUUGUGCUGCGAGAGGCAGGAUGUCAGGUCUCGCUAGUAGUGUGUACUGAAAAUACACUGAGCACUAAAAAGGCAGGAUAUUGGAUAACAAGGUUAAAAUGUAGGAGCAAAAAUAUUCUCUUAUUAAACUCAGGCUGCAGGGAUUUGAUUUGAGCCACCUAAUAGAUAGUGGUUUCAAGGGAGCCCAAACAAAAGGUAACGGGCCGGUCAUGCUUAUGGUAGCUAAUGGCAGAUUUAGAAGAAAUUAGGGGAUUCUUUUUCUACAGGAAAUUGUACUUAAAGACGGGUCAUGGAUCACCCUGCUCUUCACAGGCAGCUUUAGAAGUCAGACGGUGAACUUUUGCUGCGGCCAUUACAAGGUCUGCACUGGAGAAAGAGGUUAAAGCAGAAACAAAACUAAUUGUGUUAUUGGAGACAGGAAAGGCUGUGUAAAUUGAUUUCGUGGCUGAAAUUCACAGUUUGACAAGUGAAUGAACUCUUUUGUGACUGCAAUUAAAGAAACUCAACACUUAGGGCAAACCUACAUGUAUAUGCUAACACUAAGAACAAAAAAUGGAAUCCGUAAACAGCUUCUUCACUUUUUGAUUUGACAAGUGUGUUAGAGUUUGGUGAGGUAAUUCUGCAAAAGUUGUGAUGAUGCGGUGUAUUGUUGAUGGAAAAACAGUUUGAGGUGCUGCAGAAUCUCCUGUGAGCGCUUUGUUGGGCUCACCAACUCUGUGAUGUUAGGUUCAUCAACUCUCUUUCACUGAUAAUAAACACCUGUGAUUGCUUUGUGUUUUUUGGCGUUUACUUCACCUUCUAAUUGGUUUAGUGGGUCCAAGUCAUGCCAGGAAAAUGUACCUCUAGUUUAGCCCCGAACACUUUUCGUGUGAAAGACAAGCAGCGUAAACGUGUGUAAAAAGUAGCGCUGCAGUCAGUCGUGCCUACUAUUCAAUAAACUGAUUGGUUGCAGGGAAAAAUACAUCAGCUCAUUAUUUCUAGAUGAACUGAAUUUGCCACAGUACACUGAGUACACACUACCUGCUAGCCUUAUUGGCCUAAAUUAAUUAAUGAUAAACCCACACAGCUAGUAUUUACAGCAUAUUAAAUCAUUUUAGUCUUGUUAUAUUAUAAUGAAAUAGAUUCCAAAGUUUUAAUCAGGCUGUGGCUCAGAUGGUAAAGUGGGUUGUUCUUUAAUCACAGGGUUGUAUGUGUACCAAGCUGCUGGAGCUUUCAACAAUCACUGUAAUUUUAAUCAGUUUCUUAAAGUCUUUGCCCUUCACAACUCUAACAGACCUCAUGUCUGGAGCAGUGAAUUUGACAAUUCCCAUUGUGAUAAUUUUCUGUUUUGAUAAGAAAGGGGAUUUAGCUCAGUGUGGGUGUAGCUGCUGCUUCUGGCAGACGCUAAAGCUGUUGAAAUGAUUAUUAGACCCAAUGUCGUGCAAUAUGUCAAUUCAGAUAUGUCCACAUUUAAAUCCUUAAACAUUAAAUGUAAAAGUUGGCAGAACAUUCUAAGGGAGACAAGUUAACCUGCCAUUUUUAGAUGUUACGACAUGUUGGUUGUUCUGCUGUGAUAUGCGAACUGAGUUUACAUUCAAUUUUUAGCCAUUGGUUUGAACAAAAUGCAGCCACAACAACUUGUUUGACAUGGUGUCUGUUGUUUGAACCUGACUCCGAGUAAAUGGUUAUUGAACACAACUUAGUUCUAGUAGUCUACAUUGGUUUGGGCAAGUUCAAAGUUGUGAAAACUUGAGGGUUUUCACAACUAAUCUUUUCCUCCUGCUGCCAAAAAUAGUUGAUUACUCCUGGUAGGCAGUUGAUGUAGAGCCUGUGGUCCAGCCAAUGAAAAUUUGGUUGGAUGAAAGCGAAUCAACCAAUCAAUCAAUCAGUCGACAUGGAGGCUACAGCCCUAGUAAAGAAGAAUUUAAGUCUGCUCAUGAGAUUUAACCUAAAGUUUCUUUUUUAAAGUAAUGAACAAACCAUAUUUUUGAACAUGUAAUCAUCAUCAUAAUCAUUUUUACUUUGCAUUAUCAAAGACUGGUGACUGGUGGUAACUGCACAUUCGCUUCUAUAUAAUUUUAAUGAAUUGCAGUGUAGAACUGUCAGCUAAACUUUUUUAUUCUACUGUAGAGUUUUCUUUUUCUCUUUUCUUGUCAAAUAAAAUGAGGGAUAGUAAAUAUAGUCUCCCAACAACAAAAAACUAAAAAUAAAUAAAAAGACCUGACUCCAUAAAUGAGUGAAGUGUUUGCCCAUAACAAUGUAAGUGAAUGGAUCCAAAACAAGACAGCUGCAUCCAGAUUCCCAUAGUAAUUGUAUCCAUGUUCAUCUAGAAGACUGAAGUCAUCCCUCCAGCCUGCACAAUUUCAAAAACUGUUUUCCUCUGUUGAUGUCUUUAGUUCAAUGUUACACAUCAACUUCAUCUUAAGCUGAGAAGAAAGAAUUGGUGUUUGAAAUUGUUUUUGUUAGCUACAGCUCUCUACAAGUAAAGACACAUGUACUGAUUUCCUACUGUUAGAAAACAAGAGAUACUGUAUGUUGUGGAGUCUUUUUAGCUAACAUAGUAUGAUGUUAAUGUACAAGUAUCUAAUCACACGUGUGUAGACGUACCUGGACCCUCCAUCUGUACGCCUUGUGUUCACUGCUUGUUCCUGUUUGUCGUCUGUAUUGUAACCAGUGAUGGAGACGGCUAAAGUGAGUGAGUGUCUCCUGCCCUCUAGUGGUUGUAUUAAUGUGGUACCAUACGGGGUUGUAAUCGGUUGUUAAAGUGGAGAAAUACCAGAGCAAUCUGGAACUUCACAUACUGAGAAACAGUUGCACCAGACAGAUGAUUCACUCAGUUCAUUGACUCAGUCAUUUGUCAGUUGCUUUUUCAUUUGAGAAAUAGAUUACGUGUGUGUAUGUAUGUGUGUAUGUAUGUGUGUGUGUGUGUGUGUGUGUGUGUGUGUGUGUGUGUGUGUGUGUGUGUGUGUGUGUGUGUGUGUGUGUGUGUGUGUGUGUGUGUGUGUGUAUGUGUAUGUGUAUGUGUGUGUAUGUGUGUGUGUAUUCAUGCAACACAUCCAAUUUUAUGUUUCUCACUGCUGUUUGCUGAAGUGGUCACAGUAAUUAUUUACAUAUUAAACUUUUCAGUAAUACAGAAGCAAUUUAUGUUGAUGCUUGAAGUAAGUUUUUUUUAAACCUAGGGAAAUCUAAAUUUAACAGCAAUUUUAAUGUCACCACCACUGUAACUGCAGGUAACGUUGUCAUGGUGUAACUAUUUUGAGACAAGUUUAUUUAUAUAAACCUUACAGUGUCACUCUGACUAUGAAACUCUCCAGACACACUGCACCUUUAUAAGGAAGUGAAAAAACGGAAGAGACUUUUGACUCACACAACAGGUGAACUGAUAUGUUUGUGUGUUAUACUUUUGACAAUAGAGAACAAAGUGUAUCCGAAGUGUAGCCUAUAAAAAAGACUAGAGGCUAUGUUUGUCAAAAUUCAACACAUCAACUCUUAGCCAUUCUUUUCAUUUCAUUCAGAAUAAUUUUGCCCUGAAUAUUUAAUUAUCUACACAUGACUAAUGAAGGUCGAACAGCAAAUGCAGUUGCACACAUGUUGCACUUUCUGACAUGACUGUGGUGCAUUUUCUCACUUCUUCAAGUGUUUCAGGAAGUGGGGUAGAGUCACCAAAAUCAGGAAACUAAGCGUUGCUAUUAAUACUACUGAGCAGAAGGCUAUUGCUGGUGAAAGCUGAUGUAGUCUCAGUUGACGACUAAAAGAGCUACAGCACACUUGACACAGCAAAAGGAAAUAUUUGGGCAAACGAUGCACCUUGUGGGGUGAUUUCAUGCAUUUUUAGGACUUUACAACCAUGGAGGAAUCCAUCUGGAGCGCUGAAUCAGCAAUUUCUGACUCCCUCUCAACAUAUGAGCUGUUAAUUCUGCACACUGCAGAGGCACAGGAAUGGGCGUCGUAUUUGCAGCAGAUCCUGCGAACUUCUCGGAAAUUCCACAAACGGUCUAUUCUGCUGUAUGCGGUUGGACCGGCCGAUCAGCUCCAUGGCUAUAACUUUGAAUCUUUCCAAAGCUGCAAGUGCAUUGUGCUGCUCCUCACAGGAGUAUUCCUCGACAUCCUCUGUGACCAUGAACUGCAGGAAGCAUUUCAGAGGCUGCUUUACCCUCCACACAGAGUGGUGGCACUGUUAUGUGGCAUAUCAGAGGAUGACAUACAGGAGGGACAUUUUAGAGACUGGGCAAGCUGGAGAAAGCUCUAUGCUGACGACGAGCCUUCUGUUUACCUUUCCACCAUUUUGGAAUCAGUUACUGACAGUAGACGAGCUUUGGCUGAACAAAAAAGCAAAGCUGUUGCAGCUGCAGCAAAGUCAGACCUUACAGCAGCCUCUUCAAGUGAAAAUUCCACCACUGAUGAAACGGAGGAAGUGGUGUCAGAAGAGCAGAAAGAAACAGUCCUGAAGGAUGAAGAGCCUGCGAACACAGGGAAUUUAACAAGCGAGGAAAUGAGUUCACCCACGCACCUCACUUGUCUCACCGUUCAACCAACCAGAGUUCUGUGCGGGGAACAGGAGAUGCUUUUUAUCAUUCUUACACACAAAAUACAUGAUCAGUCGCUACCCGAGGUGGAGUUUUCAUCUGAAAAUGUAGCUACAAAAAGAGUGCAAGGCACAGUGUUGAACGAGUACACGAUUAGUGUUCCUGCACCGGAAAUGCCUGCUGGAAAUGUAUCACUCACUUUGCACACUGACCAAUCAUGUAUCAGCUUGAGGCCUGUUACAUAUUACACCAAUAUGGAAGAAGUCAGUCGGUAUCUUGAAAAUGCCACUGAUCCUGUCAGCUUCAUCUGUCAGGCCUUCAACUUGACAUGCAACACAACAGAAUCAUUGGACAACAUGCUAACUGACUCAUUAAAAUCCAGGAUGCCUGCAGCUGGUCUUCAGCUGUUUGGAACCAGACAGAUUGAAGAAGCCAAUAUGUCGGCAUAUCAGCGGAAUGAGGAGCUUCCCACUUUGCUCCACUUUGCUGCUAAGUACGGCCUGAAGAAGCUGACCACCAUUCUCCUUCAGUGUCCUGGGGCUCUGCAAGCUUACAGUGUGAUGAACAAGCAUGGAGACUACCCAAACAAGCUGGCAGAGAAGAGUGGCUUUCAUGAUCUCAGACAGUUCAUCGAUGAAUUUGUUGAGACAGCAGACAUGCUAAAGUCUCACAUUGAGGACACCAUCAACACCGACGAUAGUGCAGAGGUGUAUGAGAUGAUGUCGGCCACCUCUCAAGAUAUCAUGAUGAAGUACUCAGGUUGCACAGAGGAUAUAUACGAGUCGAUGCUGGAGAUCAACCCUGGUUGUGCAGAGGACCUAUAUGAGGUCAUGACUGCUGCAGAUGAGAACCCUGAGGAAGCUAUGCUGCGGAAGUUCUUCCAAGCCAAACCACAUGCCACAGAUGUCCCAGAUAACAACAAAGGCCUUCAAAGUGAGGAAGAGGAAAAAUAUGACCCCCAUAACUUUGAUCAAAGGGAAGAGGAAGAGGAGGACCCAUACAAUCUCUGUCCUGAGGAGAUCUACGAUACUGUAGAUGGAAACAGCACCUACAACACUGCAAUCCUGAACCGUCCACCAGCCCCCAUCCCCAGGCCAGAGUCUGAGUCUGAGGCUGAAAAGCCUCUAACAUACAUCUCUAGAGUAUUUUCAGAUAAAGGCAUGUCCGAGAGUAACACAAUGGAAUCUGGAUAUCCUGCAGCUCGGCCUGUGGUGGAACCCCCCACACCUGCUUAUGACCCCUAUGCUGGGAUGAAGACCCCUGGACAGAGGCAGCUUAUAUCCCUACAGGAGAGGGUAAAAGUCGGGGAAAUUUCUGUCGAUGAGGCUGUCCAAGAGUUCAAGGCUUGGCAGUUUGACCAUGAGCAGAGGGCGAACUCCAUACGCUAUCAGCAGGAAAAUCUGAAGAAAUUACGAAACAGCAUCACCAGACGUCACAAAGAGAGACAGAAGGCAGGAAAGGAACUAGAUUAUGAGAUUAGUGCUCCCCUGCAGAGGAACUUAUACUGGAGCUCCAAUAUGACAUUAGAGUGUGCUGUGUAUGAGCCUGCACCCAGAGCAAUGGCUCUGCCCCCGACACCAGCUCAGGUUAUCCAUAGGGGCAGCUGGAAGACAGGCAGCACAUCCAGCACAUCCAGUACUGAGAGCAACAGACUGAGCACUCACAGCACUUUUAGCUACAGCAGCGGGACAGAGCCCGACUUUGAGGAGACAAUAGAAAAUUUCCCCCCUCCACCACGACCUCCACGACCAUCCGAUACCGCGCCCCACAUUCCUCCACCCAGGAUUCCUCCACGGAUCCCAGAAAGGGUGCCAGAGGUGGUGCAUGAGCGCUACAUAUCCUGCCCGACUCGAGCACUUCCUCAGAGACCCUCCUACCGACAGACAGACUCAGCGCCUCCCGUACCUCGACGCCAGCGGUGAUGGCCACAUGUCUUCACUUUCUGUGUUCAAUCUCUAAAGUUUAGGGUUAUUUUUAUGUGAGGUGGAUGGAGAAGAUGACGAUAUGUACCGCUGUGAACAACUGUCAGAAUUAAACAAGAUGAAUCCGUGAAGAGUUUUACAUUGUUUUUUGCUUUUAUUAUUUGUAUGCAUCAGUUUGCCUUAACAGGGUAGUUCUAUCCAUAAUAAUUCUCUGAAUGUGUGUGAGUGUUUAUUUCUGUAUGAGUGAUUUUGCAAUACUCAGUAUAUGUUUUGUGGCCUAUUUUUACUGUAAAAAACUUGUGAUAUUUUUAACCUUAUAAAUUUUAAAACUUUACCAUGAGACUUAUUAAUUAUCCUAAUAAUAAAAGUAAUUUAGGUUUUCAGGGCUUAGUUGUUGUUAUUAUGGGGUUUCGUGUUAAAGAUACUGAAAAAAGGGAAAUUGUUGUAUUUGUAAUUUUAAUUGUGUUAUUUCCAUGUGCUGGAGCUCCUUAAAACUGAGCAGUGACUUUAGAGAAAUAUAUUAGAUAUUCCUGUUUGUGUUUCCACUUAUAUGUGAGUUUGUGUAACAAUAUUCUAUGUACUUAUUUUACCUCAAUUCCUCUCACAAUUAUAUGCCUUAAAUGAUUAUUUCAGUCAUGUGUGUCUUGACAAAUUAUCAUUUUGUUAUACGUCAGUCUUUGUGUAAUUUCUGAAUUUCAUAAUGAACAGUGAUGCUGCUUUUAUAAACUUGAAACUGUCCUUGUUUUCA